UCAUGUAAUUUAAUAUCUCACCCCAAACUUCCAUGUUUACGCGUAGUAAUGCAAAUGAAAAGCUAAUAGUUCUAGACAUUAUCGCUAAAAUAUCGGAGAAAAAGCCCGUUUUUCGGCUCCGGUCGCAUCAAUUCAUUCAAUUGUCAUCACUCGGCGAUGUGGGGAGCGCCGUUGGUCACAAUUUCACUUCUCCAGUUCGUUCUUUUGCUGCCGAUUCUGGGAGCCGGAGCUCUCAAGAUGAGUUUAGUAUUGGGAAAGCAGUGGGUUGCGGCUUGGCACUUGGAUUUUUCUUCAAUUUGAGUUUGAUGAAGCAACUACGUCAAGGUGCUAUACCCAUCCUCGUUAUUAAGAUUGAUUUCUCGGCAACUCUUAAGCAAGAAGUUGAACAAAUACAUGAAGUGCAUUGUUCUAGAGAGAGGAGUAGGGCUGCCUGGAAAGCUAUUGAGGAGUAUUUGAUACCCUUUGUUGAUGAGGAACGGUACCAGCUUCCAAAAAAAUGCAGGCUGAACCCUGAAAAUGAUAUGUUUCGAGAUCAAGAACAGCACAAAAUCCAUGUGCAAACAAAUGAGUGGCGCUGUGGCUUUUGCAAAAAAAGCUUUCGUGCUGAAAAAUUUCUGGAUCAACAUUUUGACAACCGACAUUAUAAUCUGCUUAAUGAUAGUCAAGGUCGAUGCUUGGCAGAUUUAUGUGGAGCAUUGCAUUGUGACUUCGUGACUGAUUCCAAGAAGAUGAAGACUAAAUGUAAUCCUGCAGCUGCCGCAAGGAAUCGACAUCUUUGUGAGAGUCUCUCAGAUAGUUGUUUCCCUCUAAAUAAUGGUCAAUCAGCAAGUCGUCUUCAUGAAUUUUUCUUACGUCAAUUUUGUGAUGCUCACACAUGCACUGGAGGAAAAAAGCCAUUUUCUAGAGGGGGCAAGAAGGAGUCAAGCGUAUUUUAUCUAGCUGUUUGCAUUUUAGUUGUGAUGUUGUUACCUUUAUUCUAUACUCUGGUUUACUUACAACAAAGGGAGAUGAAAAAGGGUUUACAGGUUCUGAAACGCAUAUCAAAACCUGGAUUAAAGUCAAAGCCCUCUUAAUUGUUCUUUUAUUUCCAACUAUUGUAAACCAAUACAAUACAGUGCAUAUGGUGGGCUGGGCUGAAAGUGCUAAUGGCAAGCAGAGAUGGAUCAAGAUGCAAACAAAGUCUUGAGCUGGAAGAGCAUGCCUAACUUACAUUUUUUUCCUAAUCAAAUUAGAAUGCUUAAAUGUUCAUUUCACUCUAAUAUUUCUUAACCAUUUAUAUUGUUCAACUUGCCUCAUCUCUGGCUUUGCACAUAUGAGUGUGUAUUAUUUGGAG